CAUGUCGCGCCAAAAUAGGUAAUGCCGGCGACGAUGACGUUAAGCGUUUGAAUGUUUCGUUCGCGAUGCCAUGAAAGUGCGGAACAAUGUGGACUAACGUGUGCGCUAACUUCGAAGGUGAAACUACGGUCUUUGGUCAACGCAAUGAGGAGAAAGCUGGAUCUCAGCUGUACGAGGUCAGAACGCAGUUUACGAUUUGUUCAGCAGACUCCCCAGGCGCGGUCCCAGUGCAGCAGCCAGUCGUAAAAGGCACUGUUUCACAAAAACAUUUUGCCGUCGCUGUCGACGAUGUCGUCAACGUGUUCAAGCAUGGCGGGUUCCUGUUCUCUGCGUGUUUUGACGCUGCAGUCGACGCUGUCGCUUUGUGCAGCGACAUCCUGGACGGACUUCUCAUUGUCGCCGAGAGAAGUGCCACCCUGCACAUAUUCACCGUCGAGUCCGCACAGUGCAUCGUCAAGCUACCUGUCCCUUGCACGGAAAGUGACAUUACGACUGCGCUGUUUCGUUCCGUGGACGUGAAGAAGAACGGCGACAGCUACACCAUUUGCGUGUUGACGGGACACCAUGUCAUAACAGCCGCGAUUAGCCACGACGUGAUCACGCAGCUCGCGUCAUCAGACCAACCAGACUUGUCGCUGCUCCAAAUCCACGUCGUAGACAUCAUGUCAGCACCCUGGACGACAGGAUGUGAUGCUUUCGCUGGUGCCAAUGGCGAGCGCUUGCGUGUUGGAUGAUGUCCUUUUGGUCACUGGUGG